GCGGCGCGGGCGCAGACGCGGUCCGUCGGGGGCGCCGCCGGUGGGAAGGCGGAGCGGUGUGUUCGCGGUUCCGGGGCGCUGGGGGAGGAUGGUUCUCCGGCGGCUGCUGGCCGCCCUGCUGCACAGCCCGCAGCUGGUGGAGCGGCUGUCGGAGUCGCGGCCCAUCAGGCGCGCGGCGCAGCUCACGGCCUUCGCGUUGCUCCAGGCGCAGCUGCGCGGACAGGACGCGGCCCGCCGUCUGCGGGGGCUCGCGGCGGGACCCGCGGGGGAUCUGGGGCGCCGCGCCGCUCGAUUCCGGGACACCUUCGCCCGGGAGCUUCGUCGCGGCCUCCGUGACCGCCCGGGGCCGCCGGGGAGUCAGAGGGGCCCAGGCGCGAACUCUUAGACCGGCCUGGAUCGGGCCGAAGUCGCCCGCUUUCUCUUUGCCCGACGCUGACCUUGUGAUUGAGGAGUCCUGACCGGAUUGUCGCCGGCUGAUGUCUUCAUCGGGCCGAGGGCACCAUGUGGAGGACGACCCCGAAGAAGCGGCUGACAGACACCCAGACACUGCACGGACUGUGGACAUAGCUGGAAAGAGCCUGCCUUCUGCAUAUGGGACUCGACUCCUGACAGAGGCUGCUGCGACCGCACAGGGACACAGGGCACCGACUCUAGGAAAGAAGGACGGAAGGACAUCUUGGCAUUCUCUGAUUAAAUGAGCUGAAUCAUG